AAACUCAUUGUAUUCUGACUACACAAUGAAUAAUUUCCCAUUACAAAGUACGUUUGAUUUGUGUAGCAGUGAAGACGAGAAGAUCCGCUCUUUAGGGUUUAUGGACUUGCUGGGUGUUCAAGACUUGAUCGGUCCUCCUUUCCUGGAGAUCAUGGCAGCACAGCAGGUUUCCACUCCUCCCUCCAAGAAGAUCGAGUCUCCCGAGGUUAUUAAUCAGCCUGCGACUCCUAAAUUUUCCUCUAUUUCAUCUGCAUCAAGUGAGGCUGUUAAUGACGAACCAGUUAAAGAAGAUGACCAAGAAGAAAACCAGCAAAAAACCAAGAAACAGUUGAAACCCAAGAAGACAAACCAGAAGAGACAGAGAGAACCGAGAUUCGCGUUCAUGACGAAGAGCGAGGUUGAUCAUUUGGAAGAUGGGUAUAGAUGGAGAAAGUACGGCCAGAAAGCUGUAAAAAACAGCCCCUUUCCUAGGAGUUAUUAUCGCUGCACCACCGCCUCAUGUAAUGUGAAGAAAAGAGUCGAGCGAUCUUUCAGUGAUCCAAGCAUUGUGGUCACCACUUACGAAGGCCAACACACUCACCCCAGCCCGAUCAUGCCUCAUCCGAGUCUUUGUGGUUCUCAUCUGACUUCACCCAUCUCUGCUUUUGGCAUGCCAACGCAAAAAACUCCACCUCACUAUCAGCAUCAGCAUCAACAACGACCAUUUACCGAUAAUAUUGGUUCCAUGAACGCCCGUUUUCUUCAUGAGAAGCUUAUUUGCAGCACGUCAGUUCCAGGACCGUCUUUGCUUAAAGACCAUGGCCUUCUUCAGGACAUUCUACCAUCCCAUAUGCUGAAAGAGUAGACUAGAACACCAAUUACCUUUACAUGUAAUUCUCUCACUUGGGGCGUGAAAAGAAGGUACAGAGAAAUGAUCAGUUCAGUUCACUGGUAUAGUAAUUUUCUUGCUGACAGGCGCCGGUUCCUCUUCAAACAAACCACGAUGAAUAUUGCUAUAUA